GUAGUGGAUCACCAGCCUGCAGAAGGUGCUCUGGGCUGGAAAUUGAGCUAAGGCCCAGAAGAAACCAGCAGGAGGUACCACAGGGAAAGUCCUCAACAACCUUUAUCCUGCUUGUCAGACAAAAUCUACUCCAUAAGGAAUGGCACAUCAAACUGGGGAAGGGCAGGUUGAAGAAAAGAGUAAAUAAAAUAGAAGUGCAAGCUGACAGGAACAAAGCUGAAGAGGAAGAUUGAAGAAUUUGGAUUAAGUGUAUUUUGAUACAGUAGAUGGAACAUACUGGAAGUGUUUUGGAGGGGGUUAAAUCACAGCCCUCAUGAGGAUGAACUGAUUAUCCACUAUGACCCCCAAGUCUUUUUCGGAAUCAGUGCUUCCCAGGAUAGUCCCCCAUCUGGCACUGCAAAUGAAGAAGCUUCAGGAGAUGGUUCACCCGUAAUGAAUGUCGCAGUAACACCUAGACCAGAGACAUCUGCAGUAUAUUUUACAACUGCAGGCGAUCAUGAUCUGAAACCUGCCAUCAAACCAACAGAGACUGAGAUAAAUGUUGAAACAGGAAAUAAUGCAACUACUGAGUUAGAUUGUAUGAAUAAUGACAACACCCCAGAAACAGCAGGUGCACAGCCUGCCUUAAUGUUUGGCAUUCCUGUGGUGAUACUAGUCCUACUAAUUCUGCUGAUAGUUUUCUUUGUGAUACGUCAUAAAAGGAAAAAGUCUAAGCAAGAUGAACUGGGAAGUGAAAAUGUCAAAAGCCCUAUUUUUGAAGAAGACACACCCUCUGUUAUGGAAAUAGAAAUGGAAGAGCUCGAUAAAUGGAUGAAUAGCAUGAACAAAAAUGCUGACGGUGAAUGUUUACCUACUGUAAAAGAAGAAGAAAAGGAAUCCAAUGUCUUCACAAGGAUGUCUGCAGAUACCGCUGCAUCUGUUUGCAUUUGAAGACAUUUCCUUUACAACUAUAAAGACAAGAGAAAGUACUCUUUUAAAAAGUGAAAGCUUAGAUUCUGGGUCCAAGAUGCAACCACCAGCAAUCAGACUGUGAAAAAGCAUGUAAUAGCCCUCCCGUUUCUCUGUUCCUUCCUGUGUAUGAGCCCAUCAUGAUGACAGAUGAAGAAGGAGGGGGCAGAACUGAGAAGCCAUGGAUUGUAAAGAUAACUACACACCCUUUCUCUAAAAGUUAGAUUUAUCAUAGGUCCUUGCUU